AUGCACCUCCCGACCCAGCUAUCGGCGCUCCUCCUGGUCGCGCUGCCAUCUGCGGUGCGUGCCGUCUUCCAGGAUGAGGUCGGCCACAUCGACUACCAUUACGAGCUCCUGGGCCUCCCCCAACGCGAAACCACCUUCUUCCACAAGCCGAGGCGAGACGACAAGGCGAGCCUGCUCUAUACCCUAAGCGACGUUGGCGUGCUCGGCGCCGUCAAUCCCAGCAGCGGGGCCGUCCUUUGGCGACAACUGCUCAAUGGCACCAUCACGGACGGCGGUGGCUUCUUGCGCGCGGGCGAAGGCCAAAACUGGCUGGCCAGCGCCUACGGCCAGUCGGUACACGCGUGGGAUGCCGUAAACGGGAGAAAUAAGUUCUGGAUGGAUUUUGCGGGGGAGGUCAAGGACCUGGAGGUCAUGGAGAUGACUGAAAAUAACAGGAAGGAUAUCCUGGCUUUAUUCGACGAGAACGAGUCGACUGUGCUCAGGAGGCUGAGUGGCAACAACGGAAGGGUUGUGUGGGAAUAUAAGGAGACCUCCGGUGACGUGCCCCUUCAGAUCAGCACCAAUGUUGAGAAGGCCUUUGUCAUUAGUCUUCGCGGAUCUGCCGGCGCCUACAACAUCAAAGUCACCAUCCUCGAUGCCCUCAGCGGGAAGCGCGAGGAUGAGCUGGUGCUUGGAACCAAGGCGGAUGUUCACGAUAAGGACGAUGUCAUUCUCGUCGGUGCCAACUCUGCGGCUCCUAUUAUUGCUUGGACCGACGACACUCGUCAACAGCUACGUGUCAGUGUUCUGGGGCAAAAGACUCGGCAGGAAUUCGCCCUGCCCGCCGACACUAUCUCCGUCGAAAUCCAUGCUCCCCAUCUUGUCCAGUCUCAGCCGCAUUUCCUGGUGCACAGCAAAACCUCUACCGGCCAUAUUGCUGAGGUGUACCACGUUGAUCUUAGGACAAACGUCAUCACCAAGGCUUAUCAGCUCCCUUUUACUUCUGGACCCGGCGCUUUCUCCACCAGCUCUAACGGUGCGAAUGUCUACUUCACUCGUAUUACUAACGAGGAGCUGGUCAUUUUCUCGUCUACCUUGGACACCGUGCUCGGGCGGUGGCCCCUGAAGACGACCGAAUCCAGGCUGGUUGCCCUUCAUGGAGUCUCCGAGGUUGUGAAGAAGGCCGGCACCGAUAGCUAUGCCGUCAGGUCGGCUGCUGUUACAGAUACUGACGAAUGGAUUCUUAUCCGCAACGGAGACGUCGUCUGGUCUCGUCCUGAAGGCUUGACCGGAGCUGUUGCGGCCACUUUCGUGGAGAUUCCUGAGAGUGAAAACCUCGCCAAGACUUUGGAACAGGAGGCUCACAGCAACCCUCUCGAGGCUUACAUCCAUCGCGUCAAGCGUCAUCUUGAAGAUCUCCAGUACUUGCCCACGUACCUUAACAACAUCCCUACCCGCUUGAUGAGCAGUAUACUUGGCACUGAGGUCUCUUCCCACCAUGUUAAGCUUGCCCGGGACAGCUUUGGUUUCCACAAGCUCGUUGUUUUGGCUACAAGGCGCGGUAUGAUCUACGUCCUUGACGCCGGUGACCACGGAAAGAUCCUGGCUACUAAGAGGGUCUUCGACCUGCCCAAGGGCCAGAAGUGGGCUGUUGCUGGAAUCAAGGCGGAUGACUCUACGGGCAUUGUCACUAUCCUUGGAACGAACAACGAUGAGACAACUGUUAAGAUUCUCCCGGGUGCCUCGUUCAAUAUAGAGGUGUUGAGCAAGGGGCCGGGGGGUUCUCCUGCGACCCAGAGCGCUGCUCUUCUCAACACCGUUUCUGGACCUCGCCUCUUCCCCGUUGGUUUGGAUGGUGAACUUCAAGGCCUGACCUCCGACAUACUCCCUAACCAGGUUGCUGUGGUCCGCGGCUCCGAUAGAGAGUUGAAGGGCGUGGCGAUUACUAACGGAAAGCAAACCGUCUCUUGGACUUUCGUGUUGCCCAAGUCUCAGAGAAUUGUCGACAUUGCUGCCAGACCUUGUCAUGACGCCGUUGCCUCCAUUGGUCGCGUCCUCGGUGACCGAACUGUGAAAUACAAGUACCUUAACCCCAACACCCUUGUUGUUGCCGCAGUCGAAGAGAGUACCAAGAUUCCUUCUCUCGUUAUCUAUCUGCUUGACACGGUCUCCGGACAGAUCUUGGCCUCCUCCAAACACGAGGGCGUUGACCCCAACAAGCACAUUGAGUGUGCCAUGGCGGAGAACUGGUUUACUUGCACCUACUUUGGCCAGUACCGCCUCAGAGACGGCGCCCAAUCUCUCAAGGGAUACCAGAUCGUCGUCUCCGAUCUUUAUGAGACAGACAAGCCCAACGAUAGAGGUGUCCUUGGUGACGCCGAGAACUUCUCUUCUCUUGGGCCCAUCGAUGCUCCGGGUGACGUCCCUCUGCCUUCGGUCGUCUCUCAAACUUUCAUUCUCAGCGCUCCCAUUUCCGCGCUGGAGGUCACGCAGACCAGACAGGGUAUCACUUCUCGCCAGGUACUGGCGUAUCUCCCGGAGAAUCACGGUAUCGUCGGUAUCCCGCGCAUGGUCCUCGAGCCCCGCCGCCCUGUUGGCCGUGACCCUACCGCCGCCGAGGUCGAGGAAGGCUUGAUCAAGUACCACCCCGCCAUUGAGAUUGACCCCAAGAGCGUUCACACCCACGAGAGGGACGUAAUUGGCGUGCAGAAGAUCAUUGCCGCGCCGGCAGUUGUGGAGAGUACCAGCUUGGUGUUCGCUUAUGGCAUCGAUGUGUUUGGGUCGAGGGUAGCGCCGAGCUUCCUAUUUGAUAUUCUCGGCAAGGGCUUCAACAAGGUCACUCUUAUUGGAACUGUAUUGGCGAUUACGGCUGGUGUGAUGAUUUUGAGCCCGAUGGUUCGGAAAAAGCAAAUCAACGCACUUUGGGGUGCUCCAAUGUAA